UUCUUCCACAUUGCAUCUUUCAUUGUUUUGAGUAGCAAACUUCCACAUUUUGUGCUAUAUUAUACAUGGAGUCCAAGAUUUUGGCCUUUAUUGUUUUUCUCUAUGUGGCAAUAGUGGUAAGCCAUGCAGCUUUGCCUUCAGAGGAGUACUGGGAUUCUGUGUUGCCAAACACUGCCAUGCCGAAAGCUUUGAAAGAUCUCGUGCAGCCAAUGCCCGACUGGGUGGAAGACAAGAUCACAUCCAUCGGAGUAGGCCUCGGCGGCGUGAGCGUGAACUCCAACAACGCGAGCGUCAGCGUAGGCAGCAGCGGCGUGAACGUCAACACCACCAGAAACAACGGCACCCACGUCAGCGUGGGUGGGCCCGGCGUCACCGUCGCAACACACAACCGAAACGGCAAGCCCAUCUACGUCCGCGUCUCCCCCUCUUCAAACCCCUUCAUCUACAAAUACGCCGCCUCCGCCACCCAGCUCCUCGACGACCCCGCCGCGGCCCUCUUCUUCCUCGAAAAAGACCUCCGCGCCGCCAACAAGAUGACCCUCCACUUCACCAAGCCCACAAACCGCCAGAAAUUCCUCCCCCGCCGCGCCGCCGCCUCCAUCCCCUUCUCCUCGUCCGCGCUCCCGGAGAUCUACCGCGAGCUCUCCGUGGAGCCCGGGUCUGGCGAGGCCGAGGCGAUCGCGAAAACCGUCCGGGAAUGCGAGGACGCGGCCAAGGAGGAGACGCUUUGCGCGACUUCGCUCGAGGCCAUGGUGGAUUUCGCCGCGUCCGUGGUGGGGACCACGGACGCGCGCGCGGUGUCGACCGAGGCCGAGAGCGCGGAGAGGAUGGAGUACUUGAUAGAGGGUGUGAGGAGGAUGGGGGGAGGCAAGGCGGUGGCGGCGUGCCACAAGGAGGAGUAUGCGUAUGCGGUGUUUUAUUGUCACAAGACGGAUGACACGGUGGCUUACCGCGUGUCGCUUGUGGGGGCCGGUGGGGUGAGGGCUAGGGCGGUGGCUGUGUGCCAUAGGGAUACGUCCCGGUGGAAUCCCGAGCACCUGGCUUUCAAGGUGCUCGGGGUGAAGCCCGGGUCGGUCCCGGUGUGCCAUUAUCUACCUGAGGAUCAUGUUGUGUGGGUUUCAAAGAAUUAUUAACAUUAUGUUAUGUUAUUUUGUGUGUGUGUGUGUGUUGGAUGUAUUUUUCAAUUUAACUAUCUACAUAUGUUUAUGAGAUAUGUGGAUAUAUGAAACUGAGCUCACAUUUGAAUGCUAAAUACUAGUACUGAUAAUGA